UUCCUAUAAGUUUAUACAAUGUUUUAUGUAUUUCUAAAGGAACGUGCCUUUUCGCUUAUAUUUUCCUAUAAACAUUUUGACGUUGUUUAUUUAUAACAUUCGCGUAUAUGUAUGUGUGUGCGGCACAAAAAUCUUCAAAUGCAUCGGCAUGACUGCAUCCAGCGCAGCAAACGACAACUGCGGCACUCAAGACAAGCGGCGUUCUAGACGCUAAAAAUAUAUCAACCACAUUGGAAAGAACAUCAUUGCCGCCCCAAUGCAUUGGGAGCAUUAGAAUGUGCAGCUAUAGGCUUGCGCAAACGCCAAACCAAAACGCGACGUGUCGGUAAAGCGGGUGCGCCGCGGCAGUCAACUAAACACACUAAAUACACCGUCAACAGUGCAAUGACAUUGCUAGAAGAUGUGUAAUAUGGUUGUAGUGUAGCGACACGCGUGCGCUCCUUGGUAAAUGGAAAAUGACAACUUGCGGGCAACAGGAAAAACUAUAAUGUAGGAACUGUGUCUAUCGCCUGCGCUGCCUGCAACAUCAUCAGCAUCAAUUGUAGCGUCAACGUCGCUGCGUUGCAGGGGGUUAGAAAUACAGAUUUACACAUUUACUGCCUGUUGCCCACAUUUAUACUAUUUCCUCGGAAGACAGCAGCUGCGCGUAUAGCUGUUGGCUGCUGUGUUGUCAUUUGAAAAGGAAGACUUCCGUCAUAGAAAUUCUUAUUUCAUUACGCAUUCGCCAGCUAGGAGCGCAUGAACUGCAAUCAUAUGCGUGUGCUAUACAACAUUCAAGGGGAGUUUGUUCUUAUUGGCAGCAACACACUUGUGUUGGGGGAGCUGUGGUAUGACUGCAUUGUUUGUGAGUGCUGUCCAAGUCAUGUUCUCCGUAAUUGAUGCACAGUCUGUGCAGCAUACUGGCAGUGAUUGUGUGGAUCAUGUUGGCUUAAAUAGUUCCUUCACAUCGGAUAUUAUGUCACAAUCGUGCGAAUCGGAUGCCUCGUAUCAUAUCUACAAUGAAUUGCAAUAUGCAACACAACAACAACAAGCGCAAAUGCGUGUAGCACAACAACAAUACGUACCAAAACAACUAACUUAUCAACAACAACAACCGGCAACAACACCACCAGCAACCAGCAAUGCUAUACCAAUACAAACUGGCAUCAUUUAUGGCUUUCGUACGCGUCAUCUUUCGUGCAUUGAAGAGAAUGAUUCCGAUUCCUUACACUCCACCUCAGUGCCGCAAACACUGGAAAUGCUGAAAGAUGUUGAUGAGUGUUUUAAGCAAUUGACCGUUGUUGGUGAUGAACCCACCAAUAAUGUUGCAACGGUGAAUUCGUUGCUAAUGUCAGCGGUGGAUGAUGAAGAUGAUGAUGGCAUAACCAUGAUCGAUGAGACGCGCCUCUAUGAUGUGGAAUAUUUUGAUGAGUUGAGUGUUAGCAAGAAUGAGCCUGCAGAUGCAACGCUCGAUAUGAGUUACACCAGUCAAAAUAGUGAAGAAUAUUGGCAGAGCACCACCUCGGAGCCGGUGCAUAUGGUGCAGCGCUCACAUAUCUAUCAGCAACCUGAUAUAAUGACCACUUCGUGCUAUGGCGCUUUGAAUACUUCGUUCGAUAGUGAAAGUUCAGGACCGCCUGUCUAUAUGGGCACAUCGACACCAACGAAGCAGAAGCUUACGAAAGUUUCGGCAGAGAAAGUGGAAGCGCUCUAUGCUACGCCGGAGAAGCGUCGUGAACACAAUCGUAGUUUCGAUUCGCAAACAAGUUCGAUUUAUGGCGCAACCAUUGGUGGUGGUGGUGGUGUGUUGAAUGGCCUAGAGCAGCAAGUCAAUGGUAAUGCCGUUGGUUUGCCGAAUGAAAGCAUCUAUUCGUUCUCGUUGAAUUCGGGUGUGAGCGUCAAUGAGAUGUUGCAACAAAUGUCAUUGCCCAUGGAGUUGGCUGUGAUGAACUUAAAUGGGUGUAAUGGCGAUGAUAAGCACAAUCCGGCUGAGGAAUUAAGUGAGGAAAUGGCGGCGAAAUGUUUGAAUGCAGCGCAAAAUGAUCUCCAAUCGAUUCGUCGCCUAUUGGAGCACGACAGCAGCGGUACGGUAUGUCCCAGUUGUCGCAUCUCUUUCGAUAAGGGCAAACGCCGGAAAUUGAUCGAUACCUGUGGUCAUGAGCGUUGCUAUUCGUGUAUGUUUCGUAACGAUCAGUGUCCGAUGUGUAUGAAUAGUAAUAGUUCAUUGAAGGAUGUUGACUGCAACAGCAAUGCUCAAGGCUAUGACACGGGCAUCGGUGGUUCGACAUCGACAAUUGUUAGCCCAUUGGGCUCACCGCAGCCACAGUUGAGAUCACAAGUGCAACAGCAGCAUCAACAGCAACAACAACAAUUGCUACAACUACAACAACAGCAACAACAACGUACAAAUGCCGCCGCACUGGCGCGUUACAUGCAGCAUAACCGGCAGGAGUCCAUAUCCCCGGAAUAUCAUCGCUAUGCAAGUAUUAGUAAAUUGCCGAAAGCGGUGGCCGCAUCGCAGACAACAUAUACCGUUACAGCGGAUAUACACCAUGCCAGCAAUGGCAACAACAACAAUAAUGGCAAUACCAUCAGCAGCAUCAGCAGUGGUGGCAGCGGCAGCAAUAGCAAUUGCAAUACGGUCAGCAGCACAGCGAGCAGCAGCAACAAUAACAACGGUCACAUUAAUAUUAGCAAUAACCAUUACAAUAACAACAAUGGUGGCAGCAUGCCGCAGUCGCAACAGUCUCAACACCAACAACAGUUACAUUAUAAUACCGGCGAUGCAAUCAAUGCAUCUUCAUUUGCCACACCACCGACACGGCGACGUUUCUUUAAUCACAAGAAUUUGCGCAGCGCCUUGACCGGCCAUCGGCGCACCGCUUCGAAUGGUGGUGUGCCAACAGAUGCCGCCACAACGAUACUCGUCGAUGGCAAAGAUAGCAAUGCACUAAAUACAUCGACCUGCUCUGAUUCGGCGGUCACGCGUCGCCGUCGUCAAAAGGUCAGCAACAAUGUGAGCGCCGCAUCCACAAGGCCCACAGCGGCAGGCAGUGAGAAUAGACUGAAUCGUUUAAGCCUCGUCGGCACCUCGGUCUAUGCGGGACACCUUUCAUCGUUGGUCUUUGGUAAAAUCAAAUCGUUAUGGAGCGUCAAUUCAACCUCAUCGGAUGCGGGACUUAAUCAAUUUGCAGGCAACGAUGAUCACGCGCUCACCGCCGCCGAGAAGCAGAAAGAUCAGCUGCGUGCCCGUCUCGGUCUGCUGCUGGACAGCGAUCAGCAUGGCAAUACGAACACGACGACCAGCAGCAGUUCGUCGCAGAAUGUCAGUCCCGAACAGACGCUAUCGGCUGGCUGCGCGAACGCUUUUGGCUCACAACUCUCCGUGAUCACUAAGGAUGACACGCUCAGUUUGGCUGGCAAGUUGAAUGCGCUAUCGGUGUCCACCGAUAACAGUGAUGUAUUCCCAGUGAAGGCGCGUAAAACAGGCGUACGGCGUUCAGCACGCGCUGGCCAACUUGCUAGCGGCGCCGGCAAACGUAAUGCCAUUUAUAAGCCGGCCACCGUACAACCAGUGCAACUGGCUUUGAAGCCGCUCUUUUUCGAGGUACCACUACCCGAACCAGAUCCACCAUUUGUCGGUCGCCAAUGGCUGUUGCGUGAGCUCUCCAACAUACUUACCGGCACUGAGACGCCGGGUGUGCUGAUCAACGGCAAUCCGGGCACGGGCAAGACGGCGCUCAUCUUGCAAUUGGUUGAGUAUUCGUGUUUUGGGCGACGCAAGAACAGCAAUAGCACCAGUGACCCGGAUGGCAUCUACUGCCCGAUUAAUCUCGGACACGAUCGCUUGCGCGCUUUGGCCUCACACAUUGUCGGCUAUCACUUCUGUCAGGCCGAUUCGAACCUCACUUGUCUGGUGCCCGACUUUGUGCACUCGUUGGCCGCACAGCUAUGUCAAGCGCCACAGCUGGAGGCAUAUCGUGAGUAUUUGCUGAGUGAGCCACAUUUGCAGGACAUUUUGAGCGUGAAGGAAUGUAUUGCCGAUGCGGAGCGCGUUAUGCGGAUGGCUAUUUUGGAGCCGCUGAUUGUGCUGAAGCGUGCCGGUAAGAUACCGACCAAGACUUGCGUCAUACUCGUCGAUGCUUUGUGCGAGGCGGAGUAUCAUCGUCCCGAUCACGGACACACGAUCGCCACUUUUCUUGCCAAGAUGACGCAACACUUUCCCUCGUGGCUGAAGGUGGUUGCUACGGUGCGCACACAAAUGUUGGACUUUGUUAAGGGUCUAUCGUAUACGAAGAUGACGAUCGAUAGUUGGGCUUCAAAUGAUCUGCUGCAGAAGGAUAUGCUCGACUACAUCACAUUCCGUGUGAAUCACAGCGUGGAGAUACAGAAUAAUAUUGCGGCUGUGAAGGAUCAUAAUAGUGGGCAGUUGAAAUUUAUCGGUCACUUGCAAGCGCUGACGAAGGGUUCCAUGUUGUAUGCCAAGCUGAUACUCGAUCUCAUUGAGCGCGGCCAAUUGGUGAUCAAGUCGACCAGUUACAAAGUGCUGCCUGUGAGUUUGGCGCAAAUCUUUUUGCUACACUUCAAUUUGCGUUUCCCCACCAACAGCAGUUUCGAGAAGGCCGCGCCCAUACUGAAUGUCUGCUUGGCCGCUUUGUAUCCGCUUACGCUGAAUGAGAUUUACUACACCAUUUGCGCUAUGAAGACCGACGAGGUGCUUAGCUGGGAUGAGUUCUUGCAGCGUUUCAAGCUGCUCGAUGGCUUUCUCAUACGCCGUAUUGACAACACGUACAUGUUUUUCCACUCUUACUUCCGCGAGUGGUUAAUCCGACGUGACGAAGGUGAAUCGUUGAAAUUCCUAUGCGAUUUUCGGCUGGGUCAUGCGGCUAUUGCUUUUCGGCUGUCACGCAUGCAAGCGCCACUCGAUCCCGAGCAAACGAUGGAGCUAGGUCAUCACAUGCUGAAGGCGCACAUUUACCGCAAUUGUCAGGGACCACAACUGCCGCGAGACAUGCAAUCGUUCUGGGUCGCCUCUGUCACCGAUAACAUAUCGGCCGCGCUCGGCUCUUUGCGCAACGUUUACAGUCCGAAUUUAAAGGUGUCGCGCUUGAUUUUGCUAGCAGGCGCCUCACCGCACUACCGCACCGAGUUUAUGGGCGACGCCACAAUACUCUGCAUUGCAGCGCAUGAGGGCAUAAUGCCCAUGGUGAACUUGCUGUUGGAAUUCGGCGCCGAUGUCAGUCUAACCAACAGUCAAGGAUGCACGCCGCUCAUAUUGGCCGCCAUACGCGGUCACGCUGAUGUCGUACGCUUACUGGUCGCCGCUGGUAGCAGUCUCGGGCAAACUGAUACAACACAGCGUUGCGCAUUGGUGCAUGCUGCGCGCACUGGGCGCCUGAAUGUGGUGAAAUAUUUGCUGGCCUGCGACUGGACGCCGCGUCCCAACUCACACGAUGUCAGUUUGGCAGUAGCGUUACAGCAGUCGCUAAUCGCGGCGGCAGCACAAGACCAUGUCACCAUCGUUGAGGAUUUGCUGGAACUUGAUGGCAUCGAUGUGAAUCUCAUGGAUGAGGCAUGCGGUGAUUUACCGCUAACCGCAGCGGCACGUAACGGUUGCAGCGACACAGUCGCCAUAUUGUUGUCAAAGGGCGCGCGUAUUGAUGCGCGCAACAAACAAGAUUUUACCGCGCUCUGGUUGGCAGUAAAAGAGGGACACUGGGCUGUGGUGGAGAAGCUAAUACAAAAUGGCGCUGACAUCGAUGAGCCCGUUACAGCGGCGCGCAAAACACCGCUUAUGAUUGCCGCUGAGGAGGGACAUAUUGAGCUGCUGGAGCUGUUGAUUGAACGCGGCGCCGCGCUGGAAACGCAAGAUGAGGAAGGCUUUACGGCGCUCUCAUGGGCCAGUCUGCGUGGACGCCAACCGGCCGCCAAGUGUCUCAUCGAACGCGGCUGCAAUCGCAAUCACGCCGACAACAAGGGACGCACACCGCUCGAUUUGGCCGCAUAUCAGGGCUCCGCCGCUUUAGUGCUCUAUUUGCUCGAACAGGGCGCCAAUAUUGAGCACAUCGAUGUGAACGGCAUGCGUCCGCUCGACCGCGCCAUUGCUUGCCGCAACAUACAGGUGGUGCAGGUAUUUUUGCGCCGCGGCGCCAAGCUGGGUCCCACCACCUGGAGCAUGGCUAUGGGCAAGCCAGAGAUACUGGUGGUGUUGCUGAAUAAAUUGCUCGAGGAUGGCAAUGUUUUGUAUCGCAAGAAUCGUUUUCACGAUGCGGCGCAUCGUUAUCAGUACGCGUUGCGUAAGAUCUCAUGUCUAGAGAAUUUGCUGGAGCGAAGCGCAAUCUUUGCACAAUUGCGCACCAACUUGUUGCUGAAUCUGUCGCGCUGCAAGCGAAAGUUAAAUGAACUUGACGAAUCCAUCGAUUUGGCCACACAGGCGAUCGCUCAGAAACCCGCCAGCUAUGAAGGCUAUUACGCACGCUCCAAAUCGCGCAUGGAGAGCGGCGAUUACCAUGAGGCACUCGUCGACGCCAACGAAGCCAUGCAGAAGGCCAUGCAAAGCGGCGUCUCACCCGAAGUGGUCGAGGUGCUCAAACGCAUACAAGCAGAGCUAUUGGCGCACACCAAUAGUGAGGUGGUUGUUAGUGGUGCUGUGUUAGCGCGCGCCAACGCGAAUGCUUAUGAGGAGUAUGCGCUCAGUUGCACCGACUUCGGUGCUAUGGGCUUGCCAACGCAGAAUGAGAGCUCGGAUCUGUAGCUUGUUUUGCUUGCGACCCACACACAAUACUUACAAGCUUAAGUGAAUUUUUUUUGAAAAAUUAGUUUUUAUCGCAUUUACGCGCUUUAAUUUGACUUAAAUGAUUUUUAUUAAAAUUGUUAUUAUUAUUUAAUUUUUUUAAUUUUAUAAUUUUUUUUAAUUUUAUUUUAUUUUUAUUUGAUUUAAAUUUUUUUUUCAGUAAUUUUAUAUUUUAUUUUUAAUUAUUUUAUUUAGUGCACUGCAUUUCUUUAAAAUGGAGCUAAAGAUAUGGCGCAGCCAGCCCUCUUUUUAAAUAUAUAUUUAAAUAAUAAUUUUAAGUAAAAUUGUUUUAAUUUUAUAAUUUGCCGUAGCUGCCUGCAUAUACAUAUAUAUCUACUUAUAAAAUAUUAAGUUUACAUUUUAAAUGCCUUGUAUUUAUUUAUGUUUAUACUUUUCUAUUUUAAAUU